GCUCCGCGCCCCGCGCAGCUGCCCGCGGGUCUCCGGCCCUGCUCCGCGCUCCGCACCUCCCCCUUCCCCCCCUUUUUUUUUCUUUUUUUCUUUUUUUUUCCCUUUCCCCCUCCCCUUUCCCCUCUCCCCGUUUUUCUUCUCCUUCCCUCCCCGUGCCCCGUUUGCAUGCAUUGUCUGUCUCCCAAGAUGGUUUGUGAGACCAAGAUCGUGGCGGAAGACCAUGACUCAAUCCCGGGAGCCAAAAAAGACACCAUCAUUGUUUCUUCCUCCCAAAUGUGGCCCACCCUCUCAGGUUCCCCCUCCUCCCCUCCUGCUCCCCUUGGUACCCCCAAAGAAGAACCCAAACGCGACAACGUCUACAUCCGCGAAUUCCACCCCUCCGAACAGGAGGUGGUGCGCCGCAUUUUCUACGAAGGUAUCAUGGAGCGGAUCCCCAACACGGCCUUCAGAGGGUUAAAACAGCAGCCCCUCACCCAGCUGCUCUACGCGCUGAUGGCGGUAAUGUGCUUUGUUGUGACCAAGUCCUUCCUGCUGACCUGCUGCUUGCCUAUCUUUCUGAUGGGCAUGAGGUACUACUUCAGCAGAAAAGUUAUCCUCCACUAUCUCGAUUGUGCGCUGCAUACGGACAUGUCUGAUAUCGAGCAAUAUUACAUGAAACCACCAGGCUCCUGCUUCUGGGUGGCUGUCCUGGAUGGCAACGUGGUGGGGAUUGUGGCAGCGCGGGGCAAUGAGGAGGACAACACAGUGGAGCUGCGCCGCAUGUCUGUCGACUCCAACUACCGUGGCAAGGGGAUUGCCAAGGCCCUGGGCCGCAAGGUGCUGGAGUUUGCCAUGCUCAACAACUACUCCUCCGUCGUACUGGGGACCACAGCUGUGAAGAUGGCGGCCCACAAGCUCUACGAGUCCUUGGGCUUCAAGCACGUGGGUGUGGUUGAACAUUACGCGCUCCCGGGGAUGACGCACUCCUUGCUGGAGAGAAUGUUCUUCCAGCUUCGCUACCACCGCUACCGCCUGCAGCUCCGUGAAGAAUAAAACCCAACCACCAAGCAAAAAAGCUAUUUUUCUCCUCCCCCCCUCCCAAAAAAAGAAAAAUAAUAAUAAAUUACCCUUCUCUUUCUUGUCACCAUUUAUUUGCCAAUUUUGUCUCCCUUCUUGCUCCCUCAUCUCAUCCUGGCUUGCUCCGUGCAGCCUGGUGGCCCAGCCUUGUGCGCUGGAUGUGGUGGGGCUGGAAAUCAGCAUCCUGCAGCCCAGCCUCCUAGGGACCGACAGAAAGCACAGAACCUUCCCCGCAACGUCACACCGCCACUCUGGUGCGCCCAGUGUUCUUUUUUUCCAAGUGUAAGAUAACAUAGCGAUGCAUUCAUCAUAGUGCAGAGAAAAUCACUUGAAUGCAGUUUCCAGUAUUUAACGUACCAGUAAGUACAGAAUAUGCAUCCAUCUUGUCUUUAUUUACUGGUAAAUCGUUUCCAAGGAAAAUGUGGGGGCAGCCCCCAGCCCAACCCGCUUGCUGCAAUGCAUGAAGAGGAAGUGUGUGCACGCACUCCAACACAUCGCACUGCCACCGCGCCACUGAUGCUGCACUUUUUUUGGAUGUGCCUCAUCCUGCCAAAUGUCUGAGAGCCCCUUGGCGUGUCGGAACCACCACAGCUCCAUCCUCAUCUCCUUCCUAAACCAGCAACCAGACUCGAUCCGUCCGAACUCUGAGCCCCGAUGUAACAUAGCCGAAGUGAAGAUCAGCCCCAUCUAUCUCCUGCGCUACCGUCGCCAUGUGUGACCUGCAGUCCUGGGCCAGGCUCCGCAUGUGACUUUCUCUUUGCUGCCUUUUGGGGUGGGUGUUCUUUUUGUUUGUUUGUUUGGUUUGAUUUUAUUAUUUUUAAUUUUUGUUGUUGUUCAUUUUUAGUUCUGGCUUUUGCUGAAUGGUGUCAUUGAGGCAUAAUGGAGGCUGCAGUUCCUAUGGUAACACAUUUGCACAUUAAUGUGCGCACCAACUCCGAGCACUUCAGAGGAGCAAUGUGACAGAUAAUAGCAUUUUGGGGAGCUCUGGGGGGUGGGGGGCACGUACUUAUUAUCUUAACCAGCUGCUUGUUUGAUCCAUGUAGAUGGCCUCACUGCAGCCUGCCAUAAAAGGUAAUUAACCGCUUUAAUGAUGUCAGAUUUGUGAAUUGUACAAUGCAAAAAGCAAUGCAAAGCAGAUCCGGCAUGUGUCUGUACCCAGUAUGUAUGUACAGUGCCUGCCAACUAAGAGUAACCAAGGCUACAGCUUCUCCUAGCCUGAAAUAUCAACUUUUAUAACUUAUUUAAACAAAUAGCAACUUUGCAUGAAUUACGUCUUGGGGGGAGGGGAAAAAAAGAAGUUGAGUAGAUUUUACUUUUCAAAUGUGG